UAGGGGGCCAUUGGAGCAAAAACUUAAUGUAAGAAUUAUUUUUUCUGUUGUUUACUCCACUGGCCUUUGACAAAAAUGGUGCUGUAUGUGUUCCUUUUCAUGUUCACUGGAACUGUCAGUACUCACACUAAAGUUGUAUAUAGGGACAUUCAAUAUUCUGGAUGCUCUGAUACAGAGACAGAGUUUAUAUAUGGACUUGAUGGAGAGGAACUAUACCAUUCAGAUUUCAAUAGACAGGAAGGAAUAGUGACCGCACCAAAUUUUGCAGAUCCUGUUAGCUUUCCUGGAUUUUAUGACCUUGGUGUUGCCUUAACAGCACAUUGCAAAGUAAGAUUAGCUGCAUGUGUUAAAGCUUACAACAACCCAAAUAAGAGAACAGCAAGACCUGAAGCUUCCAUAUAUUCUAAAGAUGAUGUAAUGCUGGGGAUUGACAACACCCUCAUCUGUCAUGUGACUGGACUCUACCCUCCACCUGUGGUGAUCUCAUGGACCAAGAACAAUGUGAAUGUGACAGAGGAUAUAAAUCUAAGCCAGUAUCGUCCAAGGACUGAUGGAACCUUCAACAUCUUCUCCACUCUGAAGUUCAUUCCUGAAGAGGGAGACAUCUAUACCUGCACUGUGUACCAUAAAGCUCUUGAGAACAAACCUGAGACUAAAAUAUGGGAAGUUGACGUUGUUCUGCCCAGUGUUGGUCUAGCCGUGUUCUGUGGAGUUGGUCUGACUCUUGUGCUGCUCGGAGUGGCUACAGGAACUUUCUUCCUCAUUAAAGGAAACAACUGCAACUGACAUUCCUGAUUAUAAUCCUGUAAAAUUCUCCUUAAAGGGAUAGUUCACCCCAAAUUAAAAGUUCUCUCAUCAUAUACUCACCCUCACACCAUACCAGAUGUGUAUGACUUGAGCAUAAAAGUAAUCCAUAAGACUCCAGUGGUUAAAUCUAUAUUUUCAGAAGCGAUAUGAUUGGUGUGGGUGAGAAACAAAAAUAAUAUUUAAGUCCUUUUUUACUAUAAAUCUCCACUUUCACGUUCACAUUUUCCUUUUUUUGUUUUUUUGUCGAUUCAACAUUCUUUGUGCAUAUCGCCACCUACCAUAGACGUGCCGUGCAUAUAAGGAAGGUAAGCAGUGCUUAUCUAGCAGAAGGUUAAAAAAAAAUAAAAAAAAAUAAAUGACAAAGUAUUUAAAUAAAACUGUUAUUAUAAACUACUGUUUUCGUUCAAAUUCGUCAUCUUUCAUCUCAGUUAAGCAGCACAGACAGUUAUUCAUUUAGUCGCUUUGGCGCCACCCUCAAGUAUAAGCACUUUAUUCUGUGCUUUCUCUGAUUCAAAGCAUUGUACUGACACUGUACAUUCAUUCAAACUGAAUCACACCCGCUACUACAAAUGGCCAAGGUAAGCAUGCUUACCAUAAUGAGUAAGCCAAUUGGAAGCUCCUUCCUUCAGUCAUGCUAUCUGAUGGGCUAGAUUCUUUUUUUUUUUUUUGCAUCAACACGUUAAGUUCACAUAACUAAUGCGUUAUUAAGUGCUAAAAUGGAUAUAGUGUAAGCAUCGGUGACCUACGGGGAUUUUGUAAACUUGAUUUCAAUGGAAUCGAGAAAGAGAGGCUAGUGAAACUUCAACAAGUGGGUAACUUUUACAACAAAGUGACGGAGAUGUUCAUUCACAAGGAGAGACACUUGGAUUUUGUGUUCUAUUUAAAGAAAGUUCAUUUGUUUAUUAAAAACCUGUGUUACUGAUACUAGGUCAUGCAUACUAGGUCAUUGUUUCUGGUUAAUCUGAGGCUAUGGAGUGGUAAUCUGGAAAUCAUGUCCUUCUUGUGUUGUCUAUUUGAUAGUUCUAACGUUGGGGCGCAGUGUCUGUUUAAAAAAUAUAUAUUAAUGAAUAUAGACUGCUGUGUUUACGUUACAUUUGCAUUGUGCAUUCAGGUUAAGAUUGUUGUCUUUAGUGUUCAGAUUAGUUAAUUCCCACUGCCAGUGUUUCUGAACUGUGGGAAGAAUGACGUGUGAGGCCUAUGAUUUUGAAACUAGUAACUGGCAAUCUUUUCUUUUUCUUUUUGUUGUAUGUCAAAACAAGCUCUUCUGGCACUAUGAUUCAUUGUAUGAUUUAAUGGACAAAAACAUGCCUGGUUCAAUAUAUGACAGUCUUUAAUUUGUGUGAUAUGAGCAAUAUUACUGUCCCGAAUUUAAAACUAUUUGGUCAUGAAGUUCGCCACUGUAACAUAAUUGUUUCCAUUGACUGGUGGGUUCAAGGGCAACAAUUUACGUCAAUAAUGUCUACGACUUUACACUCACAUUGGGCACAGCGUUUAAUAUUAUGUAUUAAAAAUCUUUGAUGCUUGCCCAGUCUCAAAGCUCUCAGCACAUGCCUGCCACCUACUGGUUGGGGCAGGUCAAAGGUGGAGAUUUAUAAUAAAAAAGGACUGAAAUAUUGAUCUGUUUCUCACCCACACCAAUCACUUCUAAAGACAUGGAUUUAACCACUGGAGCCUUAUGGAUUACUUUUAUGAUGCCUGUAUGUGCUUUUUGGAGGUUCAAAGUUCUGGCCACCAUUCACAUUCACUAUGGACCUACAUAGCUGAAAUAUUCUUGUAAAAAUCUUUGUCUGUGUUCUGCAAUAGAAAGAAAGUCAUACACAUCUGGGAUGGCAUGAGGGUGAGUAAAUGAUGAGAGAAUUUUUAUAUUUGGGUGAACUAAUCCUUUAAUGAAUAGCCAUCAAGUGGUUAGAGCUGUGGCACAGUGGGUAGUGCACACGCUCAGCACAUAUGUAGAGCUUUUGUGAUCAUGGGGACAUAGGACAUAUUCAAAUCCAGCCUGUACCAUGAUACCGAUACCGUUUUAUGGAAAUAUUUACAAAUAAUAAUUCAUAUAAUAAUGACCACUGAGUCAAAGGUAAAACAUUUGCUAGAAUGUAAAAAGUUAUCUGAUUAUCUACCAAAGGUUAUCUAAGGUAAACUUUUCUAGCAAUUCUCGCCAAAACCCUGGUGAAAGUGGCCAGUCUUUCUGUGGCAUGUGCUCUCAGAAACUGCUUUACCAAGAAACAUUUACUGUAGGCUUUCAGAAAUAUCAGUCAAUAUGCAUUGUGUCUUAUGUAUUUUCCAAUUUCCAGAAAAACAUAAUAAACAUUAUAACUUGUGUCAUACACUUCAUAAAUGUUGUAUUUAUAUUUAAAUGGUCUCUUUUAUUAUUCCCAUUUUUUCAUGCACAAUGGACAAACAUUACAUUUAUGUAAACAUGCAUAUUUACAGGUGCAUCUCAAUAAAUUAGAAUGUCGUGGAAAAGUUCAUUUAUUUCAGUAAUUCAACUCAAAUUGUGAAACUCGUGUAUUAAAUAAAUUCA